AUCGAGGAGCUCCUCAAGAUUGCUGAGCAGGGCACGCUCGUGCGCUCCAUGGAGUCCGUGUAUCGCUUGUUGGAAGAAAAUCACCUCAUGUCAGAGCAAAGAAUCAGUGCCCGAUUCAUGGGCGUCCACCCUUGGAACAGAGAUGGCUCAGGGGUCAGCAGCGGCCACGUGGCCGAGCUCCUCGGCGACUUGGUCGAGCUUGGCUGGUCCGAUUCGGAGUUCAGAGGCAUGGCAGUCGAGCUCUCCCAGAAGGACAUGCCUGAGGUGCGCAGCUACAAUGCCAAGAUCAUCGCCGAGUCCGGCGGUCGCCUUGCCGAGUUUGAUGAUCUUGAGUCGCUGAAGUUCGCUACCAUCGCGGGUAGUCACACCACGCAGGCAAUGAGGCUUUUCUUGGCCGGCGUGCCGCACCCAUUGGACACAGUCACGGAGCAAGGCCGUUUGUCGUUAGCGAAGCUCAGGCAGAAGGACCCAGACUUCCACGACGUCUGCCUCAACGGCGCCACCUACAAGGUGGUGAGCCGCAUCGUACCUGAGACAUUCCCGCAGUUCUGCCGCUUGGCCCAGUCAGCGGCGAACGCGAGUGGGCACGUCGCAAGGGAGGAGACGGAGCUGCAAGUGUGCAGGAAGAUGAUCCGCUGCAUCGAGGAGCUGAGACGUCAGCGAGGCCCUCUGGCCGAAAUCACCCUGCAGGACAUCAAGCAGCAGGUUCUCAAAAGCAAGCCGCGAUGCGCGGCUGCUGUGCCAGCACUCUUCGUCUUCACCCUCCGGUACGGGGGAGGUGCCUCUGCCCAUCUGCUGCAUCAGACAGAGGCGUGGGUGCGUGCUCACGGCUUCGCAAACCGAGCCCUGGGCAUAGAGAUCUACGAAGGUCUCUCAGUUGAUGUCAAGGGCGCAGACCAAAAGGUCAUGAUUCGUCACAUGGCCCUGCAGUUUGCUCACGGGCUAUCAGAUGAAAAGCCUCUCACCGUCUCUGACAUCAAAAGGCUUCUGUCGAACGGCGUGGCUUCCAAGGUUGAGAAGGCGCAGAAGCUUGCCACGCAAGCGAAGGACUUUCUGGUCAGCAACCGCGUGGCCGAUCAUAUAGUGUUGGAAGCGGUAGGCUUCCUUCAUGUGGACCUCAUCAGCCUCAUCUUGGACAAGAAGUUCAAGAAGUACGACAGCAUGGAGGCCGCAGUGGAGGCUUGCGUGACUCUGGCGAACAAGCGGUCCGGCUUGUCGUUGAUCUCUCCUGUCUCCAUGCCGGAAGUCUCUUCAGGAAGUUCCCUCCAGAAGUCCCAGAGCCUUUCGCCUGCUGCAUCCGGAGCUGAGGCGCUUCGUGAGCUGGACCAUGAAGGCAAGCAUACGGACUCGAGCUUGCUGCGAUCUCACGGCUUCCAUACCGGGCAGGACGUUGUCAGGAAAGCGGACGCAGCGCAGGCAGUGAUCCAGGACAUGUCCGCUGACAAGGUCACGCUACAGCUGCCAGACGGCACCAGUGCCUCAGUGUCCGCUGAGAGCUUCUUGCAAGGUGCCUGGCGCGCCUCCAAGAGCAAACCGGACGCGGUAGAGCUGCAGGGGUGGAUGCACUUCCUCCCGCCAGCAAACAUUGAGUUUUUGAUCGCGCAGUGGCGAUCAGAACUCCUUCGGAGGGCGCUUGAGACCGAGGGUCAGCACCCCGUUGCGGAAGACGCCCUGGGCAUCUACUUGAAGCCACAGAAGGACGUAGUGGUCCGCGAGAAGCACGCGCCAGGCCAGCUCAUGAUUGCCCCGCUCAGCUGCAAGUUCGACAUCCGGCCCGAGCAGGAAACCCCUUCGAGCAGCGCUGCCAUCUGCGUCGGCGUCAUCGAUCUCUUGGGCACGAGCUACAGAGCAUGGAUUCUCCCAUGCCACCAUGCGCCUUCCAAGGACGUGGGCAAAGGUCGGGCCUUUGUACACCCUUUCUGGGUCAUGAGGACAUGCAGCGAGGAGAAGGACUCCAACGUCGAGAUCACACCCAAGGGUCACAUGAAUCGACGCAUCAAGAUUGACGGGAGUUGGAAGCUCCCGAUUGCCAGGAACAAGACCGUCCUGCACGCGGGCGACCAGCUUGUCUUGUUCCGACCGGUCGCAGCGAAACCUGAGCCAGAGGUGCUCGUGCCGCUGCCUUCAGCCAAGAAGCUGAAGGCCGAGCUUCUGAAGGACACGGACAGCAUUGUGUGGCAAAUAUCGGGCGGCGACUUGAAGAAGAGUCGGCAGUGGGUCCCCGUCACCAAGGAGGUGGAAGACUUGACUUUCGUGAAGAUCGAGAAAUGGGAUCGCGCUUUCAUUACGUUUUGCACAGGGAAGCCACUUCAACUUCAAGCUGGCCGGGAGGCACACCAUUUGUCCAUCCCGGCGUGGACUGAGUUGCUGGAUGCCAGGUCCACGGCCUGCACCAUAGCUUACCAGGCUGCCGUGCGCGAGGCGGCCGAAGCCCUCGGCGACCCCGCCCCCGAAUCCCGUCCAGCGCGUGAGUCGGACUGCUACUUGGCCGGCCGGGUUGUGGUGCUCAAGCUGCCCGCGAUCACUAUGGGAAAUCUCAGCAUGGACUCGAUUGAGAUGAAAGCGCUGUGGUCCCUGAAGACGCCGGAAAUUUGGAUUGAGCUGAAAGACAUCAACUUACGCUACCUCCGGCUGUACCUCAAAAAGGGCCUAGCCGACCAUACCGUGGACCAGCCCCAACCCCGCCGCCGACGGAAACUGCAGCAAGCCUUGCAGUCAGGGGGAUCUCCAAAGAAGCGGGCACGCAGGACCCGCCGCAAGCCGAAAGUUGAUGAGCCUUCAAGUCCACCUCCGUUGCCCCCGGCAGACAUCGAGCCAGAACCCUUGGCGGAGAAGGAUUCCAGCUGGAGCAGCCAGCAUUCUGAAGGCUAG